CAACACACCCCCAGACCCAGUACAUCCACCGGCACAUUCCGCACAAAUGCACAACACCACAUUAGCCUACACCCCUCUUUGCUUAUCCUGCGCUCACUUCACCGUCGGCAAUCAAUCUCCGCCGCGGUGAUCUAACAACCUCGGGUCUCCUACUUGUCAGAUCUAAGGGAUUGAUAUUGUAGAAAAAUGUUAACGAAAUUCGAGACCAAGAGUAAUAGAGUAAAAGGACUGAGCUUUCAUAACAAGAGGCCUUGGAUCUUGGCUAGUUUACAUAGUGGAGUGAUCCAGCUUUGGGAUUAUAGAGUCGGAACGCUUAUUGAUCGGUUCGAUGAGCACGAUGGACCUGUUCGGGGCGUGCAUUUUCACAAUUCUCAGCCGCUUUUCGUUUCCGGAGGAGAUGAUUACAAGAUUAAGGUGUGGAAUUACAAGCAGCAUAGGUGUUUGUUUACACUUCUUGGACAUCUUGAUUACAUCCGUACUGUACAAUUUCAUCACGAGUAUCCCUGGAUUGUUAGUGCUAGUGAUGACCAGACUAUAAGGAUCUGGAAUUGGCAGUCUCGUACCUGUAUUUCUGUGUUGACAGGUCACAACCAUUAUGUUAUGUGUGCAUUGUUCCAUCCAAAAGAGGACCUUGUUGUAUCAGCUUCGUUAGAUCAGACGGUGCGAGUUUGGGAUAUUGGUGCUUUGCGGAAGAAGACAGUUUCACCUGCUGAUGAUAUCCUGCGUUUGAGUCAGAUGAAUACAGAUUUUUUUGGUGGGGUUGAUGCUGUUGUUAAGUAUGUCUUGGAAGGCCAUGACCGAGGAGUCAACUGGGCUUCAUUCCAUCCUACUCUCCCCCUCAUUGUCUCUGGAGCAGAUGAUCGCCAGGUUAAAAUUUGGAGAAUGAAUGAUACAAAGGCCUGGGAGGUUGAUACCUUGAGAGGGCACAUGAACAAUGUGUCAUGUGUUCUUUUCCAUGCGAGGCAGGAUAUUAUAGUUUCAAAUUCAGAGGAUAAGAGCAUUCGUGUGUGGGAUUCUACUAAAAGGACCGGGCUCCAAACAUUUCGCAGAGAGCAUGACAGAUUUUGGAUUCUUGUGUGCCAUCCUGAGAUGAAUCUUCUGGCAGCAGGCCAUGAUAGCGGUGUGAUAGUGUUCAAGCUGGAGAGAGAACGGCCUGCCUUUUCUGUCAGCGGAGAUUGUCUGUACUAUGUGAAAGACCGUUUUUUGCGCUUCUAUGAAUACUCAACCCAAAAAGAAACCCAAGUUAUACCUAUUCGUAGGCCUGGUUCAACUAGCUUGAACCAAGGACCUAAGACUCUUUCUUAUAGCCCUACCGAGAAUGCAGUUUUGAUCAGCUCGGACUUGGAAGGGGGAUCUUAUGAACUAUAUAUUAUACCCAAGGACAGUUUUGGUAGAGGCGAUUCAGUUCAAGAGGCAAAAAGAGGUUUAGGGGGUUCAGCAGUAUUUGUUGCUCGAAACAGAUUUGCGGUGCUUGAGAAAAGCAGUAAUCAAGUGUUAGUCAAGAAUCUUAAAAAUGAAAUUGUCAAGAAGAGUGCCCUUCCUGUUCCUACUGAUGCAAUUUUUUAUGCCGGCACUGGAAACUUGCUAUGCAGGGCAGAGGAUAGAGUUGUAAUUUUCGAUCUCCAACAAAGGAUUAUUCUUGGAGAUCUUCAAACUUCUUUUGUUAGGUAUGUUGUUUGGUCAAAUGACAUGGAAAAUGUUGCCUUAUUAAGCAAACAUUCUGUUGUUAUUGCUGAUAAGAAGCUCGUGCAUCGAUGCACUCUUCAUGAGACAAUUCGAGUUAAAAGUGGAGCCUGGGAUGACAAUGGUGUCUUCAUCUACACAACAUUGACCCACAUUAAGUAUUGCCUUCCAAAUGGGGAUAGUGGAAUUAUAAAGACCCUUGAUGUCCCGGUUUACAUCACGAAGAUCGUUGGAAACACAAUAUUUUGUUUGGACCGAGAUGGGAAAAAUCGUCCAAUUAUCAUCGAUUCAACUGAAUACGUGUUUAAACUUUGUCUGAUGCGGGAGAGACUUGAACAGGUUAUGACCAUGAUUAGGAAAUCAGACCUUUGCGGGCAAGCCAUGAUCGCUUACCUUCAACAGAAGGGGUUUCCUGAAGUUGCACUUCAUCUUGUAAAGGAUGAGCGAACUCGUUUUAAUCUGGCACUGGAAAGCGGGAACAUCCAGAUAGCAGUUGCUUCUGCCAAAGAGAUUAAUGAGAAAGAUCACUGGUACAAAUUGGGGGUAGAGGCACUUCGUCAAGGUAAUGCGGGUAUCGUGGAAUAUGCAUAUCAGAGAACAAAAAAUUUUGAAAGGUUAUCUUUCCUCUAUCUUAUUACAGGAAACUUGGAUAAGCUUGCUAAAAUGCUAAAAAUUGCUGAGGUUAAUAAUGAUGUUAUGGGUCAAUUUCAUAAUGCGUUAUACCUGGGUAACGUCCAGGAGCGCGUUAAGAUUUUGGAGAGUGCGGGUCAUCUGCCUCUGGCAUAUAUUACUGCUUCUGUUCAUGGGCUCCAUGAUGUUGCUGAGCGUCUUGCUGCUGAACUGGGUGAUAAAGUUCCUCCUUUGCCAAAAAAGAGACCAGCAUCUCUUUUAAUGCCCCAACCUCCUAUUGUAUGUGGUGGCGAUUGGCCAUUAUUGAUGGUCACAAAAGGCAUCUUGGAGGCUGGUCUUGAUAAUAUUGGAAAGAGCAGCCAGGAAGAAUAUAUGGAUGCCUCCGAAGCAGAUUGGGGUGAAGACCUGGAUCUUGUGGACGUUGAGAACAUCCAAAAUGGGGACAUCAGCUUGGUUCUUGAUGAUGAGGAAAUACAUGAAGAAAACGACGGGGGAUGGGAUCUUGAGGAUCUUGAACUUCCACCUGAUCUUGAUACACCAAAAACUAGUAAUGCGCGCUCCUCUGUAUUUAUUGCGCCUGCUGCUGGAAUGCCCGUGAGCCAAAUUUGGGUUCAAAAGUCUUCUCUUGCUGCUGAACAUGCUGCUGCUGGCAAUUUUGACACUGCAAUGCGUUUGCUAACACGGCAACUGGGAAUAAGGAAUUUUGCUCCCUUAAAAUCUUUAUUUAUUGAUCUCCAUACGGGCAGCCAUACUUAUUUACGUGCAUUCUCCUCUUCUCCCGUCAUCUCAUUGGCAAUCGAGAAGGGAUGGAGUGAGGCAGCCAGCCCCAAUGUGCGGAGCCCACCUUCACUGGUGUUCAGUUUCACACAGUUGGAAGAGAAGCUCAAGGCAGGAUACAAAGCCACAACUGCUGGAAAAUUUACUGAAGCUUUGCGGCUUUUCCAGGGCAUUCUUCAUACCAUCCCGCUUAUUGUUGUCGAUACACGUCGAGAGGUGGAUGAAGUAAAGGAAUUGAUCAUCAUUGUUAAGGAAUAUGUUCUUGGUUUACAGAUAGAGCUCAAAAGAAGGGAAACAAAGGACAAUCCAGUUCGUCAACAAGAGCUAGCAGCAUACUUUACUCAUUGUAAUCUUCAGCUGCCUCACUUGAGACUUGCUUUACUGAAUGCUAUGACUGUCUGCUACAAGGCGAAAAAUCUAAACACAGCAGCCAAUUUUGCCAGGCGACUUUUAGAGACCAAUCCAUCCGCUGAAAACCAAGCCAAAACAGCCCGCCAAGUUUUGCAGGCUGCCGAAAGGAACAUGAAUGACGCCUCUCAGCUGAAUUAUGACUUUAGAAAUCCGUUUGUGGUUUGUGGAGCAACGUAUGUUCCUAUAUACCGAGGACAAAAGGAUGUCAGUUGCCCUUACUGCAGCUCACGCUUUGUGCCAUCUCAAGAAGGGCAGAUUUGUACUGUUUGUGACCUAGCCAUUGUUGGUUCUGACGCUUCUGGUUUACUCUGCUGUCCCUCGCAAACCAGAUAAUUUGAUUUGCUGAGUAAUUGUGUCUUCCAGUUGUGAUGCCAACAAAUAUUCUGUUUCUUUCCAACAGAGAUAGAGGAAUAUUAAAAGACCAGUUGAGUUUCAGUCAGUAUGUGUUUCCAUUCUAAUAUUUGUUUUCAAUUCUACUUUCCGCUUUUCUUAUUUCUUCCUUCCCUUCCUUUCUAAGCUUUGCCAUUACAUCCUUGAGUGUAAUAAACUAUUUAGAGAAUUUUGUCUUGAGCCAUUCAUGUAAUUUGAUGAUAAUAUAGAGGUUAAGUUGAAAAUUUUCACCGAGUACAUUGGAUCUUGUGACAAUGUAAUUUACAUAUAUUAAUGUUAUAGUAACUUUCAGUUCCUUUA